CGCAAACCAAAAGAAAAUCAGAAAAAAUUCGGGUUCCCGUGUCUGCCCGCUCUCCCGACGAUUUCCAUCUCUCCCUCCAUUUUGCCCCCCCCCUCCUCCUCCUCCUUGUCGCUUUAGGGUUUCUCCAGCUCUGCUCUCCGGCUCGCUCCCUCCCCAAUUCCGCGCCCCCGAUUCGGGCGCGGUCUCCCCGCGUCGUCAUGGUCUCCGGCGUCGCGGACAACCCGGACGGGGGCGGCGGCGCGCCGGGCGCCCAGCUCCCGCCGCCGCCUAUGGGGGCCCGGGCGGCACUUGGCACGCUGCCGGUCUCCGGUGGCGCUGCGCACUCCGCGUCUACUAGCGGGGGGAGCGCCGGCUCUCCGUCCAGCCGCAGCGAGCAGAACGCCCCCGACGGUGCUGGCAAAGGGGCGGCUCCGGGGUCUGCUGCUGCGGCGGUGGCGGCGUCCACGCCGGCCAGCGAGACCACGUUCCUCCGCCUGAAUAAUCUCGACAUCAACGGCGAUGAUGCGCCGUCGUCGCAGGCUCCUACGAGCAAGAAGAAAAAGAGGGGUGCACGGGCAGUUGGUCCUGAUAAAGGUAACCGGGGACUGCGCCAGUUCAGUAUGAAAGUUUGUGAGAAAGUUGAAAGUAAAGGCAGAACAACAUAUAAUGAGGUGGCAGAUGAACUUGUUGCUGAGUUUACAGAUCCCAAUAAUAAUAUUGAGGCACCAGAUCCUGAAAAUCCCAAUGCACAACAAUAUGAUGAGAAAAAUAUACGACGAAGAGUUUAUGACGCUUUAAAUGUUCUGAUGGCUAUGGACAUUAUAUCUAAAGAUAAAAAGGAGAUCCAGUGGAAGGGCUUGCCUCGGACUAGCAUAAGUGAUAUUGAAGAUUUGAAGAUGGAGCUUGUGGGGCUGAAAGGUAGGAUUGAGAAGAAAAGUGCUUACUUACAGGAGCUACAAGACCAAUAUGUAGGCCUGCAAAACCUGAUCCAGCGAAAUGAGCAAUUAUAUGGUUCAGGAAACACACCUUCUGGUGGAGUGGCUUUGCCAUUUAUCCUAGUACAGGUGAAUAAGACCCGUCCUCAUGCAACUGUGGAAGUCGAGAUAUCAGAAGAUAUGCAGUUGGUGCAUUUUGACUUCAAUAGCACCCCAUUUGAGUUGCACGAUGACUCAUAUGUCUUAAAAGAAAUGCGGUUCUGUGGAAGAGAACAACAUGACAGUGCUCAAGAGAUGAUCUCAAAUGGAGGUGAGGGCUCAAGCAUGUCAAAUAUUUAUUGGCAACAGGUACAGCAUCCAGGGCGGCCAAAUAAUGGCACAGUUGGUUUACCAAGCUCACCGCCUAUUCCAGGAAUACUGAAAGGGCGUGUGAAGCACGAGCACUAGCGCUAGGGCCUUUGUUCAUUGGCCUUGUUGCCUGGGCUGGUUGUUUUAUUGCAUCUCUUCAUUUUGUAAAGGGCCUGUAAAUUAUUGGAAGGGGAAGGUAGCUUGAUCUGAUUUAGUUCUGCACCAGAUUUCUAGAACGACAGGUGCCCUGAGUAAUCCUAACCGUCUUUAAAUCGGUUCCUUUUGUAUGGCUGAGAAAAGCAUUGACGUGUUGUAAUUUUGUAGAGCAUUGUAAAAUAGUUAACGUUUGAUUUGAAUGAAAUGGCAGCAGCUUGCGUGCUUUUGGGCACAAGAAUCU